AGGAAAAAUGGCAGACUGGUCUCAGCUUCCGAGAGAACUUCUUGAUCUGAUAUCCAAACACCUCAUCUCCGAGACCGAUCUUCUCCGUUUCCGAUCUGUUUGCACCUCCUGGCGAUCCUCCAUACAACCUUUCACUUCCCGUUUUCCGAUUCUUCCGAACGCCGGAAUCUCCGACACCACCUGGGGAUUCUACCUUUCCAAACGCACCAUCUUUCGUGUCGGAUUACCUGAUCGUGAUUCUCAACAAACCCCAUCUCCAUGGCUAAUCAAGGUCGAAAGAGACAACCCCCAAAAAACCCAUUUGAUGAAUCCCUUAACUGGAUACGAAUUCAUACCCCUCUUGCCCAAUUUCCCUAGAUCCCUUGAUUUAUUGAAUUUUAGGGUUAUGGAGUUAGGGCAAGAGUAUGCUUUGCAGUACAUUAGUUAUCGUCCUAAUGCCAAUUCCAUUGGGGAUUCUGUAACCCUUUAUAUGGAAAAGGUUGCCUUUUGUAGCUCCGGUGUUGAUGGGUUUGUGUUGUUGACGAUUCACGUAUCUGGGAAAUUGGCUUUGUUGAAGUAUGGAGAGAGGAAAUGGCAUAUAAUCAACGAUCUGCCGUCGCCUUACGACGAUGUUAUAUUCUAUAAAGGGGAGUUCUAUGCCGUAGAUAGUACCGGCAGGACUGUUAUUGUUGUUCUGGAUUCCGAUACAACGUUGUUGAAAGUUGUUGCGAAUUCUGUGUUUGGUGGAGACAAGAAGUUUCUGGUGGAAUCAUUGGGAGAAUUGUUCAUGGUUGACAAGUAUUUAAGUGUUGGACCUGAGAAUGAUUUCGAUUACGAUGAUGAGAAUUACGAGUUUUAUGAGGAUUUUGAUUGCUUUAUGAGUGAAAGGACCGUGAAACUGGAGGUCUAUAGGUUGGAUAGAGAAGAACAGAAGUGGGAUGAGGUGAAAAGUUUAGGUGACAGAAUGUUAUUUUUAGGGGAUAAUUGUGGGUUUUCGGCUUCGGCUUCUGAUUUUCCUGGAUGCAGAGGUAAUUGUGUGUUCUUUACAGGUCAGAGUAGGGAAGAUGAUGGUUUGAUGAAGAGUCGAGGUGUGGGUGUGUUUGAUUUGGAGAGUGGUUGCAUUGGGCCUAUUUCUAAUGACUCUGGUUAUUCUCAGCUCUUUUGGCCUCCUCCCCAUUGGCUUCAUUCGGAUUCAGUGGCUUUGGAAGAUGGAUUGGACCAUCUUAACAUCUAAUCGGAUAUGACACAAGUCGAAAGAUUAAAGUGGACAUACACUCUGCUCUCGUGCUACUCGUUGCAUAAACUCGAGCAUCUAAACGGAGAAGAAUAAGCCUCUUGUUUUAUUUUUUUCCUAUAAAUAAUUGAUCGUUUUUUCAGUCGUAUGUUUACUUACAUUCCUUUCAGUUGUAUGUGUUUAGGGUCGUGAAAAUUCGAAAUGUGUCCUUUUGAUUUUGUGAUUUUAGGUGCAUCUUUUAGUUCAUUCCAAUUGAAUGAAGUUUGAAUUAAUCAAUCUCUUGUUAUGGUCU